UGUAGAACGCCAGUCGAGGGAUGGCUGUGAGGGAGGAGGCGAUCGGCCUUUCCGGGCCCGGGAGGGACGAAGAGGCGGCGCUGCUCUUCGAGAAGGCCCAUUACCGGCACGACUCGCGCUGGCUGCUGCCCGUGUCCCCACGCUGCUGCCUGGCCUGCGCUCUGGAGCUGCUGCCGGAGCCUGGCGUGUCGUUGGUGCGCAAGAAGCAUGUGCUGUCCGGCUUCCGAGACGCUCUCAUGAAGCAUGCCUCCCUGGUUGUGCAGCUGGUGGCUCAGGAUCAGAGAGUCUGUAUCCACUUCAUAAGCAUGCUUUUCGGACUGUUAUGUAAUGUAGAGGAUGGGAGCAUAACAGACCUCUGUAUUGAAGUCCUUAUCCAGCUUACGACUCAGCUGAAGUUGGAGCAGACCAUUCAUUGCCUGCUGGAUGAAUGUCACAAAGAGCUGUGUAGCAUGCCCUCCAUGCGAGGCAGCCUGGCCACACUGACUCUUCUUGGCAAGUUGGUAGAUGCUGUCCCUACUCUGGCAGACAAACUUGUGAUGGAGCACGGUGACCUGAUGGAGCAUCUGUUGAGAGGUUUAGUGUACCCCAAUGAGGGGGUGCAGGCUUCUGUCUGCUACCUUUAUGGGAAGCUGUACUCCUCCCCAGUUGCUGCUGAGAUGCUUUUGGGCCAUUUCCGGGAGAAGCUGUGUCCUCUCUUCCUUUCCACCAUGGAUGGUGCCCAGACAAAGGAGCUACAGAUCAACUGCUUGGGUUUGCUAAAGCAGCUGCUGAAGUAUGAUCUCUUUGUGUCCAUGAUCAUGAACAAGUCUGCGCUGGUGGAAAAUACUGAGAGUGUUGAGGGGCCACCAGGAGAGACCGCACUGCCUUUGGUGCUCAAAAAGCUUCUUCUCUCCAGAGAUGAGACUCUGCAGGUGGCCAGUGCCCAAUGUAUAACUGCAGUAUUAGUCCACUCACCAGCGAAGCAUGCCCUGGCCUUCAUCCUCGCCGACAUCCCAGAGUUCCUCUUUGAGCAUCUUUCCUCUUCCAGUGAAGUGCUUGUCUGGUCCUGCUACAACUGUUUGAUACUCCUGGCAGAAGAGCCACUCUUCUUUUCCAAGUGCCACACGGUGUACGGGAUCGAGUCGGUGGUGAGGAGCCUACAGGGAAGCCUGAGGAUGAAUAACACCGAGCUGCACAAGCAGGGCCUGCUGCUCUUUGCUGAGAUCCUGACUCGGCAGCCAGAAGAGAUCAAGCUGUUCACAAGCUCAGCCAUGUGCAGAGAUGCUGGCCAUGCCCUCCGAGAGGCAGUGAGCAGCCCUGUGCUGGAGGUGGCCGCUGAGGCACUGAAGGCCAUUUCUGCCUUUCUGAGGAAGGAUCAUCAGAGCGCACUCCCUGUGCUGUACAAGGAGCUGAAGGCCUUGGUCAAAGCCAUGCUGAGCCGGUGUGCAGAUCUGUCCCAGACGCCACUGAACUGGAGGCCCCUGGGCCAUGCCUCCAACAGAAAUUCAGAGAGGGCCAUUCUUCGAAGAGGGAAGUUCCUCUUGAGCACUCUGGAGGGAUUUAGAAAUGCCUGCAGGUUGGCUAUGGAAUUCCAGAGGGAGCCUUCAGCCCAGGAGAAUCCAUUCACAGCUCCCAGUGCUGAGAAAGAAGACACCUUGGAGGCCUUCUCAGAAUUUCUCCUCAGUGCCUGUGACUCCCUGUGUAUCCCUAUGGUGAUGAGGUACUCGGAGCAGGCCACUCACCCAGCCGUGAUGGAGGUUUUCCUCUCGGUUCUGCACAGCCUUUUUGUCAUCGUCCCUCACAUGAAAGAGAAAUUCUCCAAGAAGCUCGCUGCCUCAUCCUUCAUACGACUGGCCCUGGAACUGAAGGCUAGGUUCUGCAGUGGCCUGAGUCACUCAGCCCUGAACCAGGUGUGUUCCAGUUUCCUGUACUACAUGUGCAUCAACCUCCUCUCAGCUCCAGAGAAGACAGGACCACCUUCCCAAGAAGAACUCUCUGCAGUGUCUGAGCUCCUGCAGCAUGGGCUGCCCCAGAUAAGCAGCAGGGGCCCUGAAAGCCUUGCUCUCCUGUCGGAUCGCCAGUACGUGGAGGAAGCUGCUCGCCAGAGACAGUACUGCAUCCUGCUCCUCUUCUACCUGGCCUACAUUCACGAGGACAGGUUUGUGUCAAAGACGAAGUUAUUCGUGGCUGUGCAAAGCUUCCUCCUGUCUCUGCAGGACCAGGGUGAACACCCUCCACUCGUCGUCUUCAGAGCUUCUAUCUAUCUACUUGCAAUCUGCCAGGACAAAGAUGGUGCCUUAGAUGAGGCUGUGGUUGGCGUCAUCAGAAAAUUCCUAGAGGACACCCCAGACCUGCACCGAGUCUACACCCACCAUCCGCUCCUGCUUAGGUUGUUUCUGCUGCAUCCAGAGCUGAUGAGGAGGUUUGGGCACCGUGUCCUGGAACUUUGGUUCUCCUGGGAAGAGAGCAGCUGUGAGGAGCUGUACGGUGUCCCAUCUGCUGGGCAGCCCACCCUUCCCGCCAGCGUAGCAGCCCUGUUUCACAUGCUUAGGAGCAGCCCCAGCAUCCUACUCAUUUUGCUAGACCUCAUCUGUUCCAGUCCCUUGGACAUAGCCCGCAAGGUACUGAUCAUCCUGAAGACCUUUCUGAGGAGGAAUGAAGAUGUCCAAGUGGGCGGUCUCAUCAGAGGCCACUUCCUGAUGAUCCUACAGCAUCUGCUGGUGGAGCAUGGGUCCUCCCCCUCAGGAGCUUCCGGGAACCUGCCUUUGCUGUUGAGCCUCCUCUCCUUAGUGCAGCUGAGGAAUGAGUCAGAGCAAGAACUGGACAGCAUGGCCAUGAAGCUGCUUCACCAAGUGAGCAAGCUGUGUGGGACAUGCAGCCCCGCUGACUCGGACAUCCUGCAGCCCUCCUUCAACUUCCUGUACUGCAGCCUUCACCAGACCACGCUGGGCAGUCAGAGAAGAGCUGCUGCAGUGCUUCUGAGCAGCACGGCCCUGAUAGAGCUUCUGGAGAAGAUGCUGGCGCUGACCUGGGCUGAAGAGGACUCUCCCAGGACCGGGCUCCUCUGCUCCGCCUGGCUGCUCACUGCCUCCUUCUCUGCCCAGCAGCACCAAGGCAGUCUUCAGGAGCACAUUCACAGCACUGAUCCCCAGCUGUUCUUCACAGUGGCUCUGGCGGGAGUGAGAGCAGGUGGUACUGCUCACGUUUCACGGGUGACGGAGGUUCAUCAGACAUUGUCCGUGGAACUGGACCAAGUACUGAAGGCCCUCAGCGUCCCGAAGAAAAAGGCUGCACUGCUGUCAGCUGCCAUAUUACGCUUCCUGCGGACAGCCCUGCAACAAAACUUCUCCUCUGCCCUGGUUGCCCUACUGCCCUCAGGGGCCCAGUCACUGCCAGCCCCUGAGGACACUGUCCUAUCUCCACUGGGAACAUCACAAGUGCUGUCCUUGGUCAUCGGACUGCAGAACCUUCUGGUGCAGAAGGACCCUCUGUUGUCCCACGCCUGUGUCGGCUGCCUGGAGGCCUUGCUUGACUACCUGCAUGCUCGGAGCCCAGACUUUGCCCUCCAUGUGGCCUGCCAGCCCUGGAAUCGGUUUUUGAUGUUUACUCUCUUGGAAGCUGGAGAGAAUUCCUUCCUCAAACCUGAAAUCUUGAGACUUAUGACCCUGUUUGUGCGGUUCCGGAGCAGCAGCAUCCUCUCUCAGGAGGUGGGUCAUGUUCUGCAAGGCGCAGCUUCGACCGACCUCUCUACCCUUCCUGCCUCCACACUCCAGGCUCUGCAUGGCUUCUUCCUGCAGGUCCAGAGCAUGGGCCUCCUGACUGACCACAGCAUGGCCCAGACCCUUCAGGCCUCCUUGGAGAGUCUUUCCCUCAGGGCCUCCCUGGCCCAGCCACCCCUACAGGACAUGCUUUUCAGGGAGGGCGCUAGGAAGACCGUCCGGCAGAGAUCACGGCGUCAGUGUGCUGAUGCGCCCUUUCAGGCUAUUUUCUCCAAACCAACCUUGACACACAAGUGCGCCGGCGGACAGGCAAGCUCCAGAGUCUUGGAUAUGGACCUUCUUCAGUUCCUGACCUCCCUGUCUGUCCUGCUAUUGUCUGGAACAGGAGUCACAGACACCCUGAGGACCUCCCUGGACCCGAGCCUGGAGAUCUACAAGAAGAUGUUUGAGGUGAAGCGGCGGGAGCAGCUGUUGGCACUGAAAAACCUAGCGCAGCUGAACGAUGUCCACCAGCAGUACAAGAUCCUGGAUGUCAUGCUCAAGGGGCUCUUUAAGGUGCUGGAGGACUCCCGGACAGUGCUCACUGCUGCAGGUGUGCUCCCAGAUGGGCCCUUCCCCCAGGACGAGAAACUGAAGGAUGCUUUCUCCCAAGUGGUGGAGAACACGGCCUUCUUCGGUGACGUGGUGCUGCGCUUCCCAAGGAUCGUGCACCACUAUUUUGACCACAACUCCAACUGGAACCUCCUCAUCCGCUGGGGCAUCAGCUUCUGCAACCAGUCGGGCGUCUUUGACCAGGGCCCCCACUCACCUAUCCUCAGCCUGAUGGCCCAGGAGCUGGGGAUCAGCGAGAAACACUCUGACUUCCAGAACCCAUUUAAAGUAGACCGCACAGAGUUCAUCUCUAGCACUGACCCUUUCCAGAAGGCCCUGAGGGAAGAGGAGAAACGCCGGAAGAAAGAAGAGAAGCGGAAAGAGAUCCGAAAAGGCCCUCGGAUCUCAAGAUCACAGUCUGAGUUAUAGCCCUGGAGUGGCCCAGGGCUCAGGGGACCAGGAGGCGGCCAGUUGGGAGGAAAAGGAGAGUUCAGAAGCGUGACUGAUGGUGAGCACUGGCGCCUUCAGAGAGGAGGCCAGAGUCUGCUUGGCCCCUUGGGGCUGGCUCCGAGCCCCCGCUGAAGGGACUGAGCCACAGAGGGCUGGACUUCCUCCCAGGGACCUCACCAGAGGGGUGCCAAGAGAGCUUCCAGAGGGCGCUGUGCUGCAGACCUAACCCUGUGGAGAUGCUGGGGGAAGCAGGAGGGAUCCUGGGCUGGACUCCCCCCGCCACCACCGUGGGUUAGGACCGCUGGCCAGCUGGUGGCCGCUUCUCAUGGGGAGGCAGCAGAACUAGGCUCUGAGCCAUGUGCAGAGGAGUCAUGCCUGCUGCUGGCCCUGCUGUGUCACUGAGAUGCCAGGCACAGGUUCCAGCCCCCUGCAGAGACAAUAAAAGCCAGCAAAUGCUGGCUGACCAAGGCUGGUUUGGGCCCCAGGGAGAUGUGAGCCUCUCCAUGGAGCAGGUGAGGCGGGCCCGGGCAGGGGGGUCAGGGGCCCUCGGCUGUGGAGACCAUCUUAGAGAAUGUUCUGCCUACUCAGGAGGAGCCUCAGGCCCUGGCAAGGCAGCAAAGCAGAGGCUUGGCUUCGGCCUCCUAUUCCCUUCACAGCACCGUCCUUGAUGAGGGGUCAGUGUUGGGAAGGGGCCAGAAGUAUCCUUCCUGGGAGGCUGUAUAGCCCAAGACAGUCUUGGAGCAGUCUGAUCUCUGUCCUUCGGUAUCAAGGAACAGUCAUUGAGCAGGCCCAGGGAAGAAUCAACUUGUCCUCUCUGGCAGUGCAGGGUGCCCCUGGGCCUAUUGGGGGCACUGUUGGGGGACAGGCUGCAGCUCUGCAGGAGGCUGUACUUUGUUGUGGAAGGGCUGCUCCCAGGAUGGAUAGGCCGGACAGCAAGCUCCCUGUGUCAGGAGGCCUGUAAGCAGAGACCAGGGCCAAGGGGGCCGGGAGCUGCAGAGGGACUCAGGCCCUGAGUAGGCAGCCGCCCUUCAGUCAUGCCCCUCCCAGGCAGAGAAGGGAGGGGCUCUGGGGGGGAAUUCUAGCUCAGUCUCUUGACUUUGCCAAGCCAGGGGAGAGACACACAGCUGUCCCCAAUAGCCCACCACUAACAGAGCCCAAGGGAGACCCAGGGUCUUAGCCCAUCAGACUUGCUGAGUGACCCUGGCCCACCCCUUCCCUGUGCUGCGGCUUCACUGGUGUAAUGAAUUUGAUAAUGCCUGAACCCUCUGCCCAGCCCUAAACUGCUUCUCUCAUGUUGGGGCCUGGCUUCUCAGUGACAGGAGCCCUUCUCUGAUGGUUCUUCAUUCAUCCCAGAAAUGUGGUGAGCACCCACUGUAUGCACAGCCAGAGAGAGAGGGACCCAGUCUUAGCCAGUCUUCACUUCUGUCCUAUUUUAGCACCUUUAUCCUCUGGGACUCUUCCUUCUACACCUUCACUUCUCUCCAUCUCAGUUGAUGCCUUCCUCUCUACUCUCCAAUGAGCCCACGUUUUCCCCUCUAACACCUUGAAAGGUAGAAACAGAACCACUCUGCCCUCCUCCCUGGGCAAGUCUAGCUGGGAGCUGAGGGAGCAGCUGCAGAGUGGGAGGCACUUUGCCCACUUACCUGACCUGGUGCUCAGGCAGCCCUCUGCAGUAGCUUACUGAGGCCCUGGGAUGGAAGGGCAUUGAACCAAAGUGAAAGUAUGUGGUGUGGUGUGCCAGCAGACUACCCCGUGGUGUGGCAGCCCUGCGAGAGCGACUGAAUGGUAGAGCUGAAGGUGGCACUGUCCAGCUCAGCACCUGGCCAGAGCAGGGCAGCAGGGUUUGGUGUUCUGUUUCAAGGUGAGACUUCUAUCAUCUAUAUCAACUCUCCUGCAUGUAAACAAUGAAAAGAACAUUUGUGUCUCCCCUACUCCCCCAAUAAAGUACUUUGCUAUACAUAUUGAUUAUAAAAUGUAAUUUUAAGUAACACUGAAAUGCCAAGAAGUAAGUAUGAUUCACCCUAAUCUCACCACUCUGUAACCAUAACUGAUGCUCACCUGUUGGACCAUCCAUCCUCUUCGCCCUCAUGUGCACACAGAUCACAUGUAAGUUUUCGGUUAUCAAUACAGUAGCUGCCUUGUAUGAGCUCUGUGUGUCGGGCCUUAUCCAUGUACUACUGGCUUGCAGCAGCUCCUCCUGCCUCAGGGCCUUUGUCUGCAUUGUGUGUUCCCCUAGCUAUACCAGGUGCAGUUGUCACCACAGAAUUUGAGGUUUCCUCUUAAAUAUCAAUGUAUGUUUUGUUCAACAGACUGGAAGCUCUCAGAGGGCAGGAACUGUCUCUUUGCCUGCCACAGAGGUAUUCAAUAAAUACUGUCAAAGGA